AUGUUAAUUAAGGUUAGUUUUUGGAAUCUUUGUUGUUUCAUUACAGUAAUAAUCAAUGUAUUUCAGGAAUACCGUAUCCCUUUGCCACUUUCAGUUGAUGAAUUUCAUCGUGGACAAUUGUAUGCUAUUUCUGCUUGUAGUCGAAAUGAAACUGGUGGAGGAGAAGGUGUUGAGGUAAACAAAAAAAAAACAAACAUUUGUAGAGAAAAAAAAAUAAGAGAACUUCCAGUUUUUGAAACAAGAAGAAUUUACGAGUGAUGAAUUGUUGAAAGGAAAAACUGUUUCUGGAAUUUAUACAUAUAAGAUUUAUCGACUUCGUUCAAAAGCGCCAUGGAUACUACAGAAGGUAAAUUAGUAUUUUGGUUCAAAUUUUAAAUUGGAAGCCGUUAUAGUGAAUCCAUGGGGACCACUCAUGAUUAGAAAUCCGAAUUUCUAAACAAAAAAUCCAAAUUUUUCUUCCAUUUUCAAACCUAAUUAUUUACUAAAAAAACGCAAAAUAUUGAAAAUUUUCGGAAUUUUCUAUGGAAACUGAAACGAACUUAGAAAUAUGGUUUUGUGAAAUAAUUUUUGAUCUUCUGAAUUUUUUUCCAUAACUUUUUUUGAGAAUGAAAUUUGAGAAAAAUAUCUGUCUGGAAUUUUUCCAAAUACAUAAAUAAUAAACAUUUUCAGAUUCUUCCUCCGGCUGCUUUCGAAAUUCACGAAGAAAGUUGGAAUGCUUAUCCAUAUUGUAAAACAAUUUUGACAGUAAGUUACGAGUUAUCAUUAUAAAUAUAGAUAAUUUGAAUAUUUCAGAAUCCUGGAUAUAUGAAAGAAAACUUCAAGCAAAUUAUUGAAACAAUUCAUCUUCCAGAUAAUGGAUCAACAGAAAAUGUGAGUUUUCUUUUGAAUUUCGAAUUUUUUCUUCGUUUCCAAGUAAAAUCUUUUUGCAGCCUUUGAAUGCAUCAAAAAAGCGAGAAAUUAUAAAUGUUGAUAUUUGUGAUUCUGAAGCUUUAGGAAAAUCAGCAAGCGAUGAAUCAAAUGAUCCACUGGUUUGUAUUUUUUUGAAUUUUUCGCGGUUUUUGAUUAUUUGAAUUUUUGCAGACUUUUGAAUCUGAAAAAGCUUCUCGUGGACCAUUAGAAGAAAAUUGGACCGAGGAAACUGAACCGGUUAGUUUAUAAGGAUUCCAAAGAAUAUUAUAAACCGGAAAAUCACAAACUUUUAACAACCAGUAAAAAUCAAUUAUAAUUUUUGCAGAUAAUGUGUGCCUAUAAAUUGGUUUCAAUUCAUUUUAAAUGGACAGGAUUUCAAACUUUGGUCGAAAAAACAGUUCAUAAACAAUAUCCAAGAGUUUUCGGAAUUUUUCAUAGGUAAAUCUAUAUUUCAAAAAACAAUUUCAUAUAUUUUGCAAAAUUUCAGAGAUGCAUAUUUGUUAAUCGAUGAAUGGUUUGAAAUGACAAUGGAAGAAAUUCGAGAAUAUGAAGAAGAAACUGCCGAAAUUCUCAAAAAACAAAUCAAUGAACCGGGAAAACGUGGCAAUACUUGUAAUGAUGAUGAUAAUAACAACAAAUGA